AUGACCAUUGGUUUGUCGGAGGUGAAGGUGGAACCCCUCAGAGUUUGGUUUUCUAACAGGCGUGCCAAGUGGCGCCGGGAGGAGAAACUACGCUCCCAGAAGCGUUUGAUCAAUCAAGUGGGCUCUAAUGGGUCCCAGUCGGGAAUGGCCUCAACAAUCUGCUCGCCAUCGGCAACGAAGAUCUACAACUCGGAGUACGAUAACCCGUAUGCGGCCGCCGCCGCUGCAGCGCAGCCUACUUCGGAUUGCUACAGCUCAAUAUCGAAUUCCGUUGGUCUGAUGUCAGGUCAACCGCCACGUGACAACUACCAAUACCUUCUAUCCGAUUCCCUGCACUCCCUGAGCAUGCCUUAUUCCUUUCACCACCGUUUGCCGUGCAGUUCGCCGUCCAGCGUUCAACCGAUGGAUCUGAACACUCAUUCGGCCGCUUCGGCGGCUGCUGCAGCUGCUGCGGCGUCUGCCUACAGCCAAUCGAUAAGCAUGACGGACCUUUCGCAGAUGACUCCGUCGAGUGCGGCGGCGGCGGCUGCAGCAGGACUUCCGCCGCCGCCGCGACAUCUACCCAUUAUUACCAGCUCAAUCACCCCGAAUCCGGGCUCGGCAAGUCAGGAGAUUGAAUCCGCCGGUCCCGGAGCGGGUGGAGGCCACUACAUUACGCGGCUUGAAUAG